AUGCCCUCCAACGGCUCGUAUCAGAACUCGAGCCAUCCUCAUAUAGGACCUUGGACAGGCCCAAUCCAUCGGCCGUGGCUGUACCUCAAGAGGGCCGGCGUUGCCGCGUCGUAUCCUUUGCGUGGCAUCUGGUUCUUCAUUCAAAACCACGAGUUCUGGCCACUCCUGGUGGGAAGGAUCCUGCCUAUAUCCCUAAUCUCGUUCUUGGUGUACCUUUUACUCUUCACGUUUGCCUUCUUACCCCAGUAUGCUUUCUUAGCGAUAUUCCAUGGCUGGGGCGCGUGGGUCAAUGCUGUGGUACUGGUACUAGGCGAAGGAUUGGUCAUCAUACAGGGCUUGUUCGAGGGCUUCUUCGUUGAUGAAUGUCGAGUGGAUGUAUUUGAUGCGGCUCUUAUCAAGCUUGGACAUAAGGAUCUUAUUGCACCACAGCGAAUCCUGUUCUUGGACGCACCGAACCCGGUCAGAAUGCUCGGAAAGCCCACUACUGCUGCCAUCUACACUCCAUGGAGCAUCAUCCAGAUUGUUGAGCUCAUUGUCUUCUUACCACUCAACCUCGUUCCAGUUGUUGGCACACCUGCCUUUAUCAUCAUCACUGGAACUCGACUCGGCAAGCUCGCUCAUUAUCGCUGGUUCCAAAUCAAGGGAUUCUCAAAAGCUGAGCAGAAGAAGGCGUUGAGGGAUCGCGCGUGGGAGUAUGUUUGGUUCGGCACAGUUGCUAUGAUUCUUGAACUCAUCCCUGUCUUGUCGCUCUUCUUUCUGCUGACAACUACAGCUGGUGCAGCUCAGUGGACGGCUCGCAUCGAGGAGGAGAGUAGGGACCCUGCUGACAAUACUGCUGCGAACGGCCAGACGUAUCAAGAUGAUGCCCACGAGGACCCUCACCCAGAUGCACCUCCCCCUUACACUGAUUAUUCCGAUGAUGUAGUAUGA